UAUAUUCUCUUUGUAUAUUUGUAUACAUUUAAUGGUGUUUUUCAGGUUUUCGUAGUUGUAUUUACUGCUGAAUUAAUAUUAUGGUAAUUCCAGUUGAAAUUUAUUUAAAAUGGGAUCAGAACUUCAAGGUGACGACUGGGAGCUUGCCUGUUCAGACGACGAAUUAUCAAAAAGCGGAGUUUAUAUCGGAAAAAAUUGGAUGCCGGAUCCAAAUGAAUUAGAAGAACUUUACAAAUCUAUUGAAAAAUCUGGUACAUUGAACCUCGAGUGGAAAUGUCCUGGCCGACGAGCACCAUCCCCUGUGCCUGUGAGCAAGGAAAACCAAGCCGAUAUACCGACGUCUCCAAUACGUGAGGAGAAAUCUAACUUUGAUUUCAUGGAUGAAGUCAGUUCUCUCAGAUUGCGAGUUCGUAGAGAAGGUGAGGACACGCUUCGAGGCUCAGCGAAAAAGAAAACCACUUCUUUUGAUGGUAUUCUCUCCAACAUGAUUAGGCACAAAAGGAUAGAACAGUUGGAGAAGCAAGCUAACACUCCUACUUCAAAUACACCAUCUAGUAGUGCUAGUUGAGAAAUAUAGGUAUUUAGCUACAAGAAAUAUGGACCUAUUCAUGUGUUUUUUGAAAGACUACAACAAUAUUAUGUGUUCUGUCUAAGCAAUGUGUAUUUUCUCACUUGUUAGACUAUUAGUUUUUUUUUAAUUUUUAAUAAAAAUGGAUUCAACUUCUCUGUUUUAAAAAUGCAUGUGUUAUUUGACUUUAAGAUAAGUAAUAAAAGACAAUAAUUGUAA